AGGAGGGGGCGGGGAGGGAAGCGGAGGCUCGGGAUCUCUAGGCCGGCCGGCGGCGGCAAGGCCGGGACUCGGCUUGAGGACCUGCUGUGGCAGCAGCGGCGGGCGCCUAGCUCAGCAGCGGGUUUCUCUGGAAACCCCCCUGGUAAGUGUGGAGGAGGCGGGACACUCUGACCCAAGACAAAAGGCCUGUAGCUCCAGCCAAAGAAAAUAAACCUUAGGAGAGAGAAGGAAAAAAAAAAAACCAAAAAACAAAACAAAACAAAACACCCCAUCAGCUGUUCCUGAGAACAGCCUGCAGUGGAAUCUACAGAGAGGACAACUAAUGUGAGUGAGGAAGUGACUGUAUGUGGACUGUGGAGAAAGUAAGUCACGUGGGCCCCGAGGGCCUGGACUGGGUCAGGAACAGUUGUACUUUCAGAGGUGAGGUGUCGAGAAGGGAAAAGUGAAUGUGGUCUGGAGUGCGGCCUUGGCUCCACGGGGUGUGCUUUCCUCUUAGGCCAUCAGGGAGCUCAGCCCCGGUGUUCUGCCAGGGUGGGGUACAGGGUUUGGCACUGAGGGGGGUAACUUGCUGGCUGGAGCAGCAGAGCAGUGGCCUUGAUUUGUCUUUUGGAAGAUUUAAAAACCAAAAAGCAUAAACAUUGUGGUUCUUCAGCAAUGCUUUCUCUGAAGAAAUACUUAACGGAAGGACUCCUCCAGUUCACCAUUCUGCUGAGUUUGAUUGGGGUGCGGGUGGACGUGGAUACUUACCUGACCUCACAGCUCCCCCCGCUCCGGGAGAUCAUCCUGGGGCCCAGUUCUGCCUAUACUCAGACCCAGUUCCACAACCUGAGGAAUACCUUGGAUGGCUAUGGUAUCCACCCCAAGAGCAUAGACCUGGACAAUUACUUCACUGCCCGGCGGCUCCUCAGUCAGGUGAGGGCCUUGGACAGGUUCCAGGUGCCGACCACUGAGGUAAACGCCUGGCUGGUCCACCGGGAUCCGGAGGGGUCUGUCUCUGGCAGCCAGCCCAGCUCAGGCCUUGCCCUCGAGAGUUCCAGUGGCCUCCAAGAUGUGACAGGCCCAGACAACGGGGUGCGAGAAAGCGAAACGGAGCAGGGAUUCAGUGAAGAUUUGGAGGAUUUGGGGGCUGUAGCCCCUCCAGUCAGUGGAGACUUAACCAAAGAGGACAUAGAUCUGAUUGACAUCCUUUGGCGACAGGAUAUUGACCUGGGGGCUGGGCGUGAGAUUUUUGACUAUAGUCAUCGCCAGAAAGAGCAGGAUGUGGAUAAGGAACUGCAAGAUGGAACGGAGCAGGAGGACACCUGGCCAGGCGAGGGCGCAGAAGUUCUGGCACGAAACCUGCUAGUGGAUGGAGAAACUGGGGAGAGCUUCCCUGCCCAGGUGCCUGGUGGGGAGGACCAGACAGCCCUGUCCCUGGAAGAGUGCCUUAGGCUGCUGGAGGCCACCUGCCCCUUUGGGGAGAAUGCUGAGUUUCCAGCAGACAUUUCCAGCUUAACAGAAGCAGUGCCUAGUGAGAGUGAGCCCCCAGGUCUUCAAAACAACCUCUUGUCUCCUCUCCUGACGGGGACAGAGUCACCAUUUGAUUUGGAACAGCAGUGGCAAGAUCUCAUGUCCAUCAUGGAAAUGCAGGCCAUGGAAGUGAAUACAUCAACAAGUGAGAUCCUGUACAAUGCCCCUCCUGGAGACCCACUGAGCACCAACUACAGCCUUGCCCCCAACACUCCCAUCAAUCAGAAUGUCAGCCUGCAUCAGGCAUCUCUGGGAGGCUGCAGCCAGGACUUCUCGAUCUUCAGCCCCGAGGUGGAGAGCCUGCCUGCGGCCAGCAGCUCCACUUUGCUCCCGCUGGUCCCCAGCAAUUCCACCAGCCUCAACUCCACCUUCAGCUCCACCAACCUGGCGGGUCUCUUCUUUCCACCCCAGCUCAAUGGCACAGCCAAUGACACCGUAGGCCCUGAGCUGCCUGACCCGCUUGGGGGUCUGUUAGAUGAAGCCAUGCUGGAUGAGAUCAGCCUGAUGGACCUGGCCAUUGAAGAAGGCUUUAACUCCGUGCAGGCCUCCCAGCUUGAAGAGGAAUUUGACUCUGACUCAGGCCUUUCCUUGGACUCCAGCCAUAGCCCUUCCUCCCUGAGCAGCUCUGAAGGCAGCUCUUCCUCGUCUUCCUCCUCCUCCUCCUCCUCCUCCGCUUCUUCCUCAGCCUCUUCCUCCUUUUCUGAGGAAGGUGCUGUUGGCUACAGCUCUGACUCUGAAACUCUGGAUCUAGAAGAGGUGGAGGGUGCUGUGGGCUACCAGCCUGAGUAUUCCAAGUUCUGCCGCAUGAGCUAUCAGGAUCCGUCUCAGCUCUCUUGCCUGCCCUACUUGGAGCAUGUGGGCCACAACCACACUUACAACAUGGCUCCCAGUGCCCUCGACUCUGCUGACCUGCCAGCACCCAGCACCCUCAAGAAAGGCAGCAAGGAGAAGCAGGCUGACUUCCUAGACAAGCAGAUGAGCCGGGAUGAGCAUCGAGCCCGAGCCAUGAAGAUCCCCUUCACCAAUGACAAAAUCAUCAACCUGCCUGUGGAGGAAUUCAACGAGCUGUUGUCCAAAUACCAGCUCAGUGAAGCCCAGCUGAGCCUCAUCCGGGACAUCCGGCGCCGGGGCAAGAACAAGAUGGCGGCACAGAACUGCCGCAAACGCAAGCUGGACACCAUCCUGAACCUGGAGCGGGAUGUGGAGGACCUGCAGCGUGAUAAAGCCCGACUGCUGAGGGAGAAAGUGGAGUUCCUCCGGUCCCUGCGGCAGAUGAAGCAGAAGGUCCAGAACCUGUACCAGGAGGUGUUUGGGCGGCUGCGAGAUGAGAAUGGGCGACCUUACUCACCCAGUCAGUAUGCUCUCCAGUAUGCCGGGGAUGGCAGUGUCCUCCUCAUUCCCCGCACCCUGGCUGACCAGCAGGCCCGGCGACAGGAGAGGAAGCCAAAGGACCGGAGAAAGUGAGCCUGGGGCGGAAGGAGGGGUUGACGCUCACCAAGAUUGAAACUGGAGAAGGGCUGGGCCUGGACCUGGACCUACAGCAGGGGGACUUGAAUGCCUUCUUAUCCAAUAGAUCUCAGAUGGGAUGACUGUCGGUCAGUGGAAGAGGUGGGCACAGGCGCUGUCUGGCUCAGCUUCCCCCACUGGGGAGAGUGGAAAUAGCCAGACUGUCUGGGUGGACAGGGUCCUCACUCAUCCCCCUUUCAUUUGAGGGAAGAGGUGGGGUGGUGAUGGCAUUGAUAGAGGCUGACAAAGGGGAAGGGAGGGACUUGUGAGAGGAAAGUAGUAGCAAGUCUCAUUCCAGGAAGAAAGGAAGGAAAGAAAAGAAACCAAAAAAAUCAAAGCUUGAAAAAAAUGCAGGUUAAGAUUGAAUCUGACCAGGAUUCCAGGUGGCAGGUUUUAGGUGGGACUAAGUCAUUGGUGUGAAUAAACCCCACUUCACCCUAGGGAAGGGGUGGAACAGACAAGGUGGGUUCUGGGAGGGGCUUUGUGAACUCUUUCUGCUCCUGCACUUUGGCAUCCCUGAAGGGGAGACCCUGAGAUAUCUCCUUGAAUGUUUCAAUGUCGGGGAGCCACUGGGACCCAAUACUAGUUUGGAGGGUUAGGGUUAAAGGGUAGAGUGAACAGGAAAGGAUCACAAGGCCCCGUGUUGCAGCAGCCCCAACACCAAGCAUGUCACUCACUGCCCUGCCACUCCAUCUCCCUUGGUGCCCAGUUAGCCCUGAGCUGAGGCUCCCACAACUCCAUCAGAACCUGCAUGCAAAUGCUGUUCUUUCCCGGCCCCUCACUGGCUGCCCAGAGCUCAUAUGCAGCUGGGGUGCUGGCAGUGCCCCCCAGUGAUGGGCCUGCAGCCUCCUGGGGGCUGCUUUGAGGCAAGGGGAUGAUGUGGAGAAGCCAGGUAGUGUUCAGCACAAUACUGGGGAGUGACCCCCUCAGGCCUCCCGCCACCAACUGGGCUUGUCACUGGAAAAGACAAACUACAAAACCCAGCAACAACAAAAUAGUCCUCUAGAGUUUCCUGCGCUUUUGAUUUUUUUUUUUUUUUUAAAGGGCUUGAGCCCUGUUUCACUUAUAGGGUCUAGAAUGCUUGUGUUGAGUAAAAAGGAGAUACCCCAAUAUUCAAAGCUGCUAAAUGUUCUCUUUGCCAUAAAGACUCCGUGUAACUGUGUGACAUUUGGGAUUUUUCUCUUCCGUCCCGAGGUCUCUGCUUUCUUUUUUGGGUGUCUUCCUAGGAGAAUGAGAAGUGCAUGUAAUGAUGGUGGUUGAGAGCACCUUCCCCCACCCCAGGCUCUUGGCUACAGGUAGCUUCUCAGCGCCCCCAGCUCAGCAAGGGCUCCCGGAGAACUGCCUGGGGGGAGGCAGAGAGGGGAGUGCCAAGGUGGCCGUAUGGUUCCAGGACCAGUGUCUUUAUUUUUUAACUGUUUGCUACUGCUGCCCCCCGCCCCUGUCUGGAAUAACAGGGGUGAGUUGAGUAGGGGAAGUGCUGACUCUCCCCAUUUGGGGGGUGGGGGUGGGCAACACAUUAACUGAACAGUAGGAGCCUGGGAAGUGCUUUUAUAAAUUAUUUUCCUUGUAGACUUUAUUUUUAAUUUAUCUGUGACCUGCCAGGGAGGGGAGAGGAGAGAGAGAAGAGGUUGUGAACACAUGACAAAAUAAAAUAAAAUGGAUGAUUCAUUCUCAAGUGCAGUUUUUCCCUAUCUUUAAUUUAAACAGUAAAUAGGCCUCACGAGGACUGGCCAUUAUGUGGCUAUGGCAGAGCUCAUAUGGGAAGGGGGGAGGCUGACAACGAGUAACCUAGACAAAAGUCUUAAAUACUGUAUUAAUAACCUUCCAAGCAGGUGUUCUGUACCUCUUUACGAGGUUUGCCAGCAGUCUUCUGAGAGGAAGGAUUCAGAAUCCCUUUGACCUUUCUCCUAGGGCUAGGCUAGAUGGAGCUGGUGUCACCCGGCCCAGCUCCGUAUUACCUGCCCACCUGUAACAGCAUUUGUCUGGAUUGUACUGUUACUUCUCUGGUGACCCCACCUGCCAAAGGGUUGCAGAGCACUGGAAUGUAGACACACAUAACUGCGAUGGUGAAAACCUAAGAAAUCAAUAGGGCCAAUACAUUCCAGGUGCUUCUGUUUAACGGGUAGGGCCACAGAACUUGAGAAACAGGAAGGUAGACUCCAGGUUUUAAGCAUCAGAAAGCCCCAGCUGAGGUGACCAGGAUACAUUCUCCCUCCAAAAGAGCUGACUUAAUACCAAGCCUUUGAAGGGCUGGAUGCAGCAAGGUACCCAUUCUUUCUGGAACUGCCACAUGUGCAUCUUGAGGUAGGUAGCAAAUGCCUGAGUAAUGAAUGCUCACUAGCAGUCUGAGGUAACUGGACAAGGUUUAAAACCGGAAGCUGUGAUCCUUGUAAUGGAACCUGUGACCUUGAGUUCCCCUGCACAACUGUGUGACCUGGCUUGGCCUAGUCCUUUGAUGAUGCUGUGAGAGUUUAUCCUAAGGAAUGGAAUAAAAUUCCAAGAACAACAUUGAUUUCUUAAACUUGUUUCCAUUUACAAUGGCUUUCCCCUCAUCUCUAGCUGGAAAGACUUGGUCAAAUAAACAAGCGCUUCUCUAGUUAGAAAUUAUUUGUUGGCCAAAUAAAACGAAGACUCUUAAAGAAGGGGGGGAAAAAACUAUAAAAUUUAAGCUUGAAGAAAUUCAUGUUGAUAAAAAACAUUAUUUGUGAGUAAACCGACAAGUAAAAUUCAGAGUAAUGUUUUUAUAUCCUUGCUAAAACUGUAUGUAUUUUGGUCUGUUUAGUAUACUAUUAGAUGAAAUUUUAUCUUGUUUUGCAACUUUAUUUUUUAAAGCUUAAGAGAUGUAAAGAUUUUUCAAGUGAAAAACCCUCUCUUACCCCCUUUGCUAGUGUUGCCUCUACUCUAAGAAAGUAUUUUUACUUUCACCCCCUCUCCCAUGCCCCCUUAUGGAGAGAUGUACAGUUGGGUCUGGGAUCACAGCAGUGAUUAACUGGGGCUUUGAGCCAAGUUGGUCAGCACUGCUAUGGGGCUGACCUCUUUUGCUGCUGGCAGGUGGAGUUGGUGUUCAGCUUCAAGGUUUUUUCUGGCAGGAAAAUAAGAGGGCUCAAGGCCUGUGAAAGAGCUGUUACACCUAAGACAGGAAGUGAGAAGACUAGGCUUCAAUCCUUAACCAAGGACCAAACUUCAGUGUGACCUGCUUGGGGUGGGGGUAAGAGGUUUGCUUUCUUCAACAGUCUGAGGCUUCAAUCAAAUCAAUUUUCCAUACAUCUAAAUUCAUGUGAGAAAAUGAAGAGAGACCCACUGUUUCAACAUCUUCCUUGGACAGAUCUCACCAAUGAAGGGGGUGGGGGGAGCGCUAUAGUGAUCUAGAAACUGUCUGCAAGACCUGGCCUCCAUGGCUGACUCCCUACCCUUACCAGGGAAAGCUAUACAGAAACUAGUCAAACAGCUGGCGCAUCUUCCUCAGGAUGCCCUAGGCCCUGCCUUUACAACCCUGGGUUACAUCAGGCCUUGCUGCUCUACAACUUUCUUUGGUAAAUUGCUGGAAGAACAAGUGUCUUGCAGGCAAAAUAACAGCCCACCACCCUCAAGCCUCCUACACCACACCCGGUAGGCACUGAUCUAGAACAACAGCUUUAGAGGGUCAGACUAACCAAUUGCUUUAAGGCACCUCCAGCCACAAGUUAAAGUCCUUAAAUUAGUCUCUUUUUCUGGAAGUUGUUUUCCCAGCCAGGUGUAGAAAUUCUCUAGCAACACCCAUGUGCUUGAUUAUCAUAAGUGGCUAAGCCUUCUUGUUCUAUCACUGAUUCACCUAGCACAUGAGUAACGACCCAAAGACCUCUCACUUGUCAUUUUGUCAGUGUACGAAGAACAGUAACCCUCCCUGACCUUUCUUCUGACAGAGAGGUCAGUGAUGCUCUUUGCCUCUACUUCUGGCUUCAUCAUGGGAGCAUGCAGGGACUCUGGGGAAUACAUGGGCCCUUAACACCUGAUCUGAGUUCUAGUCCUUGUUCUGUCCAGGGAUUCUUUGAAAGUUCACAUCUGCCUAAAUUAGAAACAGAAUCUAGUAUACCAGUUGUCUCCUGAGGAAGAGUAUGGGACCUUGCUAAAGAGGUGUGUUUUCAAAACUUGUUGGAUAGAACCUCUUGUCUCCCUUUUUGGGUACACAAAAAUACCAAUGAUAGUCUUAAAGUUGGUUCUUUUCCAGUCUAACUUUAACUUCAGACUGGAGAUAGGUUGCAGAGUAUUUGUUACUUCAUUCCAGAUGCUGUUUCAACCAAGGAAACAAAACCUAGUUCAGUUCACAUGGGGAGAGGUGGAGGAAGACCAAAGAGUUGGUGCUCUACCCUGUCCGAGAGCCAAGGCCCCAAAGUUGCCCAGCCUGACCCCAGGCUAUGCAAACUGUAAACAGGGUAGCAAUGGUCAAAGUCAACGAGAUUGAAAAAUCCAUGUAGGGUAAACAGCUGCUUUGGUACUAUCACCACCAUGCACACCAACAAGGUCAUAGUGCAGACCCAGACCUGCUGUUGAGUAUUUUAACACAAGCUAUUUAAAAUAAACAAAAACUAUAGAACUGAAUUGUCAGCACGACUGUAACUUAAUGUUUCAAACUUACCUUGGAGUUCUGCCACGUCACUGGCCUAAGGGGGGAAAAAAAAGCCUUGGAAACAUUACAGUUAACCCU